GCUUUUUGUUGUGUUUAGACCACAUACCUCCAGCCCCCGAGACGAGAGUGCAUGUGUGUGCGAGCCAGAGAGCGCGAACGGGGCAAGGCUGCUGGUUGCACACUGCUCGCACCUCACUUACUACUUGAUAAAGAGGCAGCUGGUGAAGAGAGGACUUUUGUUAUAGUGCAGAUCAAAGUGUGGGACGCUGGAAUUGUUUGGAUUUGGCUUGUGGAGCACUGGGUUAUGUUCAUGGGGCAGGGAGGUUAAACGCAGCGCUGGAACUGAAGACGGCCGCAAAUAAGCAAGUCCUUGGAGAAGAAACUGGCCAACAAGGAUAAUCAUCAUCAUACUAUUUUUAAGUCAUGAUGCAGGAGUCGGGGACAGAGGCGACAAACGGAACGGCCAAUCAGAACGGCGCCCCACCUAAUGUGGAGGGACACAGAGAAGUUCAAUCCAAGAGCGCCACACCUUCCUCUGACAUCACAGUGUCUGACCUUGUCAACUUCCAGCAGCAGCAGGCCUUACAAGUUGCACGACAGAUCCUUCUCCAACAGCAACAGCAAAGCAGAGCCCACAAGUCCCCAAAAAACAAUGACAAGCAACCUGCACCACAGGUCCCAGUUUCUGUUGCUAUGAUGACACCACAGGUCAUAACUCCUCAGCAGAUGCAGCAACUCCUCCAACACCAAGUUCUGAGCCCACAGCAGCUCCAGCUGUUACUGCAGCAACAACAAGCACUGAUGUUACAGCAGCAGCAACUCCAGGAGUUCUACAAGAAACAGCAAGAACAACUCCACCUUCAGCUCAUCCAGCAGCAGCAUGGCAGCAAACAGCAGAGUAAAGAGGUGUCUGCGCAGCAGUUGGCGUUCCAGCAACAGCUGCUCCAGGUUCAGCAGCUCCAGCAGCAGCAUCUCCUGAGCCUGCAGAGACAAGGGCUGCUGUCCAUUCAGCCCAACCAGACUCUGCCCCUGCACUCCCUCACUCAGGGCAUGAUUCCAGCCGAACUGCAGCAGCUGUGGAAGGAGGUGACAAACAGCCAUGUGAAGGAGGAGAACAGCGCGACCAAUAACGGUCACCGGGGUCUGGACCUGUCAUCCCCCUCCCCCGUUCCCCCCAAAAACCACAACCAGCAUGGAUCCACCAACGGCCUGUACAUCAGCCACUCGCUCAAGAGAGAGGGAUCAACGUUGGAUGAUCAUUCUCCUCACAGUCACCCUCUCUAUGGUCACGGAGUCUGCAAAUGGCCAGGAUGUGAAGCCGUGUUUGAAGACUUUCAUUCAUUCCUGAAACAUCUGAAUAAUGAACAUGCCUUGGAUGACAGGAGCACGGCGCAGUGCAGGGUACAGAUGCAAGUAGUUCAACAGCUGGAACUGCAGUUAACGAAAGACAAACAGCGUCUCCAAGCAAUGAUGACUCAUCUUCAUGUGAAGUCUACAGAGCCCAAACCUGCCCCACAGCCACUGAACCUGGUCUCUAACAUCACCCUGUCCAAGACGGCUCCUGAGGCUUCGCCGCCCCUCAGCUUACCCCAAACGCCCACCACCCCAACGGCCCCCCUCACGCCGCUCUCACAAACCCACUCCGUUAUCACCCCCACCAGCCUGCACAGUGUCGGUACCAUGCGCAGACGUUACUCGGACAAGUACAACAUGCCCAUAUCUCCAGAUAUUGUCCAGAACAAAGAGUUCUACAUGAAUGCUGAAGUACGACCUCCUUUCACAUAUGCUUCGCUAAUACGACAGGCAAUACUAGAGUCGCCAGAAAAACAGCUAACACUAAACGAGAUCUACAACUGGUUCACGCGAAUGUUUGCAUAUUUCAGACACAAUGCAGCAACGUGGAAGAACGCAGUGCGACAUAACCUUAGUCUUCACAAGUGUUUUGUGCGGGUAGAGAACGUUAAAGGGGCGGUAUGGACCGUCGACGAGCUAGAGUUCCAAAGGAGAAGGCCGCAAAAGAUCAGCGGAAGUCCAACUCUAGUAAAGAACAUCCAUACCACUUUGGGAUAUGGUCCUGCUCUUUCUGCAGCCUUCCAGGCUUCAAUGGCAGAGAACAACAUACCUCUAUACACUACCGCUUCCAUCGGAAGUCCCACUCUUAACUCGCUUGCCAGCGCCAUCCGAGAGGAAAUGAAUGGGGCCAUGGACCACGGGAACAGCAACUGUAGUGACAGCAGCCCUGGACGCUCGCCCCUGCCAGCUAUGCAUCAUAUCAGCGUAAAAGAGGAGCCACUGGACCCCGAGGAGCACGAAGGUCCCCUUUCUCUUGUGACGACAGCCAAUCACAGUCCAGACUUUGACCACAACAGAGAUUACGAGGACGACCACGGUCACGAGAUCAUGCUGUAAGCCUGGUUUCUCCCAGGUCCUCUGCUGAAGAGGCCAUACUAA